AUGUUGAAGAGCAUCCUUUGGUUGCCUGUUAUUGCGAUAUCCCUUGUUGAAGCGACACUUCCUGUUUGCAAGACUUGUCCAGUAAAUGGACAAUGGAGCCCAUGGUCGGAUCACACGACAUGCUCGAAAACUUGUGGACUCUUUGGACAGAAGGUUCAGAAAAGAAGCUGUCCAUCAUUUGCGAUGGGAUGUCCGUGCAAAGGCCCUGUUUCCCGAAUUGUCCCUUGCGCAUCGGCUGUUUGUCCGAAGGCUCCCGUUUGUGCUACAGGCUACAAAAAGUAUCAACCAAGAGGAUCGACAAGGUAUGUUUGUGGAAAUAUUACACGAGAUGAUAACUAUCGAGCACCCGGCUGUCGAAUUACAAAGAAAAUGCAUCCAUGUCCCUGCCCAACUGGAGGUGCCUGGUCAGCAUGGCAAAACAGUGCUCCUUGUCAGAAAUUUGACUACAAUUUCACGAAGAUCACCUGUGGAAUGUUUGGAACUGUUUGGCAGACGAGAACCUGUAAAUCAACAGCUCAAGGAUGUCCGUGCAGUGGCCCCGAUCGUCGUAAAAUUUCUUGUCCAAAAAAUCCAUGCACUACUGGUCAAAAAUGUUACAACAAUUUGCCAAUAGUGAAAAAUCUGAACACUGGUGCAAAAGAAUGCGGCCUGAAUGUGUGGGCGGCUCCGAUCAUGAAUCCAUUGCCGCCAUGUUAUACGACGACAACAACCACAACUACAGUCACAACAUUUGCACCGUGUGGUAGUGGUUGCUCUGAAGCGGAUUUGCAAGCGCUAUGGUUGACAGAUGAUCAGCCUCAGAAAUUGUCUUUCACUUACUCCACCGAUGCAAAUGGAUGCCUAACAGCCGGCUACGUUUGUCAGGCAAUUAACGCAAGCGAUCUUAUUUUCUUUGGUGUCCGCCCACAGGAGCCACCAUAUCCGGAUUAUUAUCCAAACACUGGUUACUACACAGUCGAGCGUCAAGCUAUUGGAAGCAACAUUGUUUCAAAAGUGCCGAAUCCUUUCCUGUGUGCAAUGACGAGUCCAACUCCAAGAUGGCAAUUUGAUUCAUAUUAUUUCAAUCAGGUGGACAUUUUGACAAUCUUUUGUCAACUUGAAAGACCGAUGGGUGCAGAG